CCCAGGGCUGGGGACGGGGCUCUGGAGAACUCCAGACUCCUAGAAAGAAGGGGGUCAGUUUUCCCCUUAGUCACUGUCCUGUCGUCUCGCUAAUGGCUUCCUGUCUAACUGGCUGGGGGUGAUUCGGGGUGACUCAGGAGCACCCUACACACCCCUGGAUCCUCUGAAAUGGCAAGGGGUAGGCAUGUUGGAUGCACUGGCUACAAGUACCAGUGAGAGGGAGAGGUCCUAACAGUCGUGGGUGGUUUUUACUCCCCUCAUGUAGCCCAGGACAGGGGGCUGCUGGGGUCUGGGAAGGGCCUGGGGAUAUGAGGGCCAGGGCUACUUGCCUCACCUCCUGACACUACCCCGGCUUCAGCCGAACCCUGCAGCCUGGCUCCAAGCCAGCCCAGGGGCAGGCUCAGCAGGUCCCAGGGGUGUGGCAGUGGCCAAUAGUAGAGCCGGCCCACACCGGCUAGGCAGGCAGCACAGUCCCGCAGACGGCUGAGCGUGCGGCUGCGGGAGCUUCUGUGGGAGUACGGUCAUGAGCCUUUUGCUGUACUAUGCCCUCCCCGCCCUGGGCAGCUACGCCAUGCUGUCCAUCUUCUUCCUGCGCCGGCCUCACCUGCUGCACACACCCAGGGCUCCCACCUUCCGCAUCCGCCUGGGGGCCCACCGAGGAGGAUCUGGAGAGCUGCUGGAGAACACCAUGGAGGCCAUGGAGAACUCCAUGGCCCAGCGCUCGGACCUCCUGGAGCUCGACUGUCAGCUGACACGGGACAGAGUGGUGGUGGUUUCACACGAUGAGAACCUGUGCCGCCAGUCGGGCCUGAACAGGGAUGUGGGCAGCCUGGACUUCGAGGACCUGCCCCUCUACAAGGAGAAGCUGGAGGUUUACUUCUCUCCAGGCCACUUUGCUCACGGGUCAGACCGGCGCAUGGUUCGUCUGGAGGACCUGUUCCAGAGGUUUCCAAGGACACCCAUGAGCGUGGAGAUCAAAGGGAAAAACAAAGAGCUCAUCCGUGAGAUAGCAGGCUUGGUGAGACGCUAUGACCGUAAUGAAAUCACCAUCUGGGCCUCGGAGAAGAGCUCGGUCAUGAAGAAAUGCAAGGCUGCCAACCCCGAGAUGCCCCUGUCCUUCACAAUAAGCCGAGGAUUCUGGGUGCUGCUUUCCUACUACCUGGGGCUGCUUCCCUUCAUCCCAAUCCCUGAGAAGUUCUUCUUCUGCUUCCUGCCCAACAUCAUCAACAGGACCUAUUUCCCAUUUUCCUGCUCUUGCCUGAACCAGCUGUUGGCUGUGGUUUCGAAAUGGCUGAUCAUGAGGAAGAGUCUGAUCCGACACUUGGAGGAGCGAGGGGUGCAGGUGGUCUUUUGGUGCCUUAAUGAAGAGUCAGAUUUUGAAGCAGCCUUCAGCGUGGGAGCCACUGGCGUCAUGACGGAUUAUCCCACAGCCCUGCGGCACUACCUGGACAACCAUGGACCAGCUGCCCGGACCUCCUAAGUCCAGAAGCCUCAAGCUCUCCUGUUUCUCUUCCUGAAAAAUAAAUAUUUGCCUUUGGA